AUGAAGCCCAGCACAUACCUAAAGAAGCUUCUGAAGGUGGAUGUUUCUCCUGAUUCCCCUUAUUCCGAGAUCGAGAUAGGCCUGUCGAACUUGAAGAAGAUAGUGAGGUCUACCUCGCAGAAGGAAGUGAUAAGAGGGGGAGUUCGGAAGAUGUUCCUACUAUUCCAUUCAAAGAACUGGAUUGCAAAAUCUCUGGCCUUGAGGUACCUUGCAAAGAUCAGCAAGCAUGUGGAUGAGGCAGACACGAACAUUCUUCAUAUGUUCUACUCCACAGACCCAAGGAUCAAUGAUCUGGCUGUAAAGUAUGUGGAUAUAUUCUCAAGGUUUUUUAAGGAUAACGACAUCAUAUUUUACCAUGUGCAUAGAUCAAAGAGUAAAUAUCGCAAGGAUGCCAUUCAGGCGCUGAUUUCCCAGUCUCCAAGAUACAGGGCUUAUGAAAAAGAUUGUGAGGCUGGAAAUGAUUUGGAUCUGUUUGAAAACAUUAGAAGGAAUGUGCCUGAGGAAUACUUUGGAAGGCUUGCCUUGCCUAAGCUUGUAGAGCUGUCUUCCAUGUAUCCUUGCUUGAUAAAAUAUUUCAAGUUUACUAGGAAAUUUCUUAUGGAAGAAGUAAGAAAGACUGGCAGAUAUCCGCCACAUGUUCUGCGCCGUCUCGAAACCCUUCUGGAGAUUGAAACGGGAGGGGAGACGAUGUGGGAUGAGUUUCUUCGGUGUCUAAGAUGCAUGAGGCACGGAAGAUUUGAAAGGUCCAUCAAAAUGUUAGAAAGGCUUUUGAAUCUUGAGAUAAGCAAGGAGUACAAAAUAAUCUUCUACAUAUUCAGAAGGAAAAUGGCCGAGUGCCUGGGCUCUAUAAACGAAAUGAAUAAGAAGAAUCCCCAGAUACUGAUUUCAAGCAGGUUUGAGGCUGAGAUAAGUGGGGUUUCGCGGAACGGAGUUUAUAGAAUACUUCUGAAGUUUUUCAAGGACGGAAGGAAAUGCAUGUCCAUUGACGGAAAGAAGACUGAAGAUGCCUAG